UUGAGAUUGUCCAGAAAGAGCGCAUUGGUCACACCAGAAAAAAAAAGCCAUUUCCAAAACACUUGGCGGAUAAUAAAUAAUGUUUCUUAAUGAAGUUGGACAGCCCUUGAUACUGGAGACUGGAAAGAAAUACGGCUUGUUCGAGGAGCAUCGCGGCGCUUUGCUCCUCUCAUCUGCCGCCUUUAAAGAGCACCUCGUUCCCGGAAAUUGGUGCAAAUGCGUAGUUGGAUCUGAGCAGGACAUACUGCGGUUGCGCUCCCAAGAAAAUUCCAGCGUCUUCAACUCCGAGAAUUACAAGUUUAAAACCAUUCCGCCGAAUAGGCCUACUCAAAUAGAGUAUGACGGCAGCCAGAUCACAAUAACGUUGAUACCAGCGGGAAAAAGCGAAAGUGGCUUUGAAUCGACGUUGUACUAUAUAGAUAAUGACCACGCAAAAUAUCUGAUUGUGGAUCGCCUCUCCGGCUAUUUGGACUUUUUGCCCAAGGCUCACAGUUCCUUUCAUCAAGGUCUCAGAGAAGGAAUCGAUGUGGUCUUCAUAGAUGAAGAUCUCCUGGAUGGAAUCGACUUAAAUGAGGAUCUGUAUAGUUUGAUGGACCUGAUAAGGCCAAAGUUCAUUUACGGAUUGAGGCUUGGUGAGUUACCCAAAUGGCUGCUCAAUCUGCGUCGCAUGAAAUAUGAAUACUAAAUAAAUAAAAGGCAACAAAAUUACAGUAGAAAAUGAUGCAUUUAAAACGAAAGAC